AUGAUUUCUCACGCAAUUCCUCUCUUUCUCUUCCUUUCCUCAGGGCUCUCAUUCACACCCUGUCCAUUGCUUGGGCCAGCUUAUCCUCCUUUCAGCCUUGAUCUUAAGGACGAAAUUAUUGCAAGCUCUUUGCAAAAUCUCACUCAGGAUUUUGACGAACUAACAAAAACAUUCUCCGGUCCAAAUGGAGAUGUCUCGCCCAAUACUACUUUCAGUAUAGUACUCUUCUCUACAGAUAAAGGCGACGCCCAGGAUGAUCCGUUCUUUUGGCAAUAUCAUUAUACGUCUCCUGCCUUGAAAGAAUCGUCAGGAUCUUCUGAAAAUGUCACUGAAAAUAGUAUUUAUCGCAUUGAUGGACUGACCGAGGUUUUCACCAUAUGGAGUCUUCUCAUUACGCAAGGAGACCGAAUCCUCAGCGAACCCGUCACUGAGUAUCUUCCGGAGCUCGCCUCGGCCUCAGAAGAUAAUGGAAUUGGUAGCGUUCAAUGGGACGAUGUCACUGUCGGCCAGCUUGCAAGCCAUAUGAGCGGAAUUGCCCGUGACUAUUGCGGCCAUGACCUGUCCUCCCAGAAAAAUUUCAAAUUAGCAGGAUUCCCAGAUAUCCCAGCAUUCGAGCUUCCCUGCUGUGGAAACAGCUCACAAUGCACUACUAGCGAAUUCCUUCAGAGCUUGGCAACCAGGCCACCCGUUGCGCCGGCUGGUGUAACUCCGAGCUACUCCAACAUGGGAUAUCAGCUGUUGGGAUACAUUUUGGAGAAGAAAACCGGUUUGGAUUUUAGUGAGAUUGUUCAGAAUAACAUCUUCGAUCCGCUUGGAAUGAAUGCGACCACUAUCUUUGCGCCUGAGAGCUCUUCGAUAGACGUCAUUCCUGUCGAUGUGCAAGCCAGUGGCUGGUCACAACGCACCAAGGGAUCCGAAGCAUCAACAUCAAUGUUCUCUAGCGUAAGAGAUCUCGCUCUCGCCGGAAAGGCUAUUAUGAAUUCGACACUCCUCUCUUCCAGUCAAACAAGACGCUGGCUAAAGCCCUUCUCGCACACCUCCAACCCAGCCAAUUCCAUUGGUGCACCAUGGACCGUCUACAGCAGCGGGAAUUACCCAACCACUCCGCUGGUAGACGUCUAUACUCUUCUCAGCAAUGAAGGCGUGGGUGAGGGUUUGUACAGCUCAUAUAUCGGCCUGGUACCGGACUACGGCGUAGGCUAUGCGAUUCUGUCCGCUGACACAAUAUCACCCGCCGACCUCAACGUGCAUGCAGACUACACGGCAACUGUGCUGGAAGGCGCGAUAAAAUCGUCCUUAGUGCAGGCCGCCGGGAACUUUGGUGGCAAAUACGCCGCUUCCAAUAGUACUUCGAAUUCAUCUACUAUUACGGUUCUGUACGACGCACUGCCGGGCCUCUAUAUUGGAGACUUUUACAGCAAUGGGGCUGACAUGCGGAAUUCACUGGGCGAAUUGAUCGGUGUGACAAAUUCAACGAAUCUGAGUAUUCGAUUGUACCCGACUCAACUGAUCGAGGAUGACGGUGCUUCUGGUUCCAAACAGGCGUUUAGAGCCGUUUUGCAGGAUAUGGACGCGCCUGAGGAUUUUGAUACCCCGACUUGUGUAUCGUGGAUGAGUUUGGACGUUUUCCAAUAUGGUGGGCGAGGGUUGGAUGAAUUUAUUUUCUCGCUGGAUACCACAGGCAAAGUCGUUAGUGUUGAUAUUCCAGCACUAAAGCUGACGCUUCAAAAGAAAUAG